GGUGCCUCUAAAGGUGGAACAAGCAAACAAUGCCCGGGAUGCCCUGGCCAAGGCGGUGUACAGCCGCCUCUUUGAUCAUGUGGUCAAACGUGUGAACCAGUGUUUCCCUUUCCAGACCUCCUCCAACUUUAUCGGCGUGUUGGACAUUGCUGGAUUUGAAUAUUUCGAGCACAACAGCUUCGAGCAGUUCUGCAUCAAUUACUGCAAUGAGAAGCUGCAGCAGUUCUUCAACGAGCGCAUCCUCAAGGAGGAGCAAGAGCUUUAUCAAAAGGAAGGUCUGGGAGUGAAUGAAGUGCAUUAUGUUGAUAACCAGGACUGCAUAGAUCUCGUGGAGGCAAAGCUGGUGGGAAUCCUGGACAUUCUGGAUGAAGAGAACCGUCUUCCUCAGGCCAGCGACCAACACUUUGCAGUGGCUGUUCACGGCAAACACAAAGACCACUUCAGAUUGACGGUUCCCAGAAAGUCAAAGUUGACCAUUCACAGGAAUCUUCGGGACGACGAAGGUUUUAUAAUCAGGCACUUUGCAGGAGCGGUCUGUUAUGAAACGACGAGGUUCGUGGAGAAGAAUAAUGAUGCCCUCCACAUGUCAUUGGAGAGUUUAGUGUGCGAAUCAAAAGACAUAUUUGUGCGGGAGCUGUUUGAGAACUCCAACACCUCCAAGGACUCCAAACAGAAGGCGGGAAAGCUCAGCUUCAUCAGCGUGGGGAACAAAUUCAAGACCCAGCUGAUCCUGCUGCUUGAGAAACUUCGCAGCACCGGCUCGAGUUUCAUCCGCUGUGUAAAACCCAAUCUAAAGAUGGUGAGCCACCAGUUUGAAGGAGCUCUGAUUCUCUCACAGCUGCAGUGCUCAGGAAUGGUGUCUGUGUUGGACCUGAUGCAGGGGGGGUUCCCCUCCAGGGCUCCCUUCCAUGAGCUCUACAACAUGUAUAAAGCGUACAUGCCUGACAAGCUUACCCGACUGAACCCUCGGCUCUUCUGCAAGGCUUUAUUCAAAGCACUGGGCUUAAAUGAUAAUGAUUUUAAGUUUGGAUUGACUAGAGUGUUCUUCCGCCCAGGGAAGUUUGCUGAGUUUGACCAGAUCAUGAAGUCGGACCCGGAGCACCUGGCAGAGUUGCUGAAGAAGGUCAACAAGUGGUUGCUGUGCAGCUGCUGGAAGAAGGUCCAGUGGUGUUGCCUGUCGGUCAUUAAACUCAGGAAUAAAAUGAGUUACAGAGCUGUGGCCUGCAUUAAGAUUCAAAAGACUGUCCGCAUGUGGCUGUGUAAGAAGAAGCAUAAGCCACGAAUUGAUGGGAUGGUGAAAGUUCAGAAACUGAAGAAGCACAUGGAGCGUUUCAACGAGGUGGUGAACGUGCUGAAGGAAGGGAAACAGGAAAUGGUCAAACAAGUCCAGGAACUGGCCACCGCCAUAGAUGCCCUGUUAGCAAAAAUAAGGGCCACGGUGAUGACCUGGAAGGAGAUUGACACAGAGUACCAGGGGCUUGUGAAGCGCUCUGAGCAGCUGCUCUCCUCCAUAAAAAAGAAGAAGCAAGAGGAAGAAGAGACUGAGAGACUGAAACGCAUCGAGGACGAGAUGGAGAAAGAGCGUCAGAGGAGGGAGCAGGAAGAUCAACGGCGCAAACAGGAGGAAGACGACAGAAAGCUCAAAGCAGAGAUGGAACUUAAAAGGAAGCAGGAAGAAGAGGAGAGGAAAAAAAGAAAGGAGGAAGAGAAGGUUAUUCAGGCUGAGCUGGAGAAACAGAUGGCUCUGGAGCGUGAGGAGCAGGCCCAGCAUGCUGCAGUAUUGGAACAGGAGAGAAGGGACCAGGAGCUCGCCAUGAGGAUCGCUCAGAGCGAGGCAGAGCUCAUCAGUGACGAAGGCCAGGGGGAUGCAGCUCUGCGCAGGGGUCCUCAGGUGCAGGCGACCAAAGCUGCUGCCGGUGUGAAAAAGUAUGAUCUGAGCAAGUGGAAGUACGCCGAGCUGCGAGAUGUCAUCAACACUUCCUGUGACAUCGAUCUGCUGGCAGCCUGCAGAGAGGAGUUCCACCGUCGUCUGAAGGUUUAUCACGCGUGGAAGUCCAAGAACAAGAAACGGGACGAUGAUGGGGUUUACCAGAGAGCUCCGAAAUCCAUCACUGACUAUGCCGAGCAGAACCCAGCGCCGCCAACGACAGCCCAGCAUCACGAAGUGGCAAUGAACCGCCAGCAGCGCUACUUUCGCAUUCCUUUCAUCCGGCCCGCAGACCAGUACAAGGACCCCCAGAAUAAAAAGAAGGGUUGGUGGUACGCCCACUUCGACGGGCCGUGGAUAGCCAGACAGAUGGAGCUUCAUCCGGACAAACAGCCCAUUGUUUUGGUCGCAGGCAAAGACGACAUGGAAAUGUGCGAGCUGAGUCUGGAGGAGACGGGCCUGACCAGGAAGAGGGGGGCGGAGAUCCUGCCCAGGCAGUUCGAGGAAAUCUGGGAGCGCUGCGACGGGAUCCAGUAUCUGAAGAAAGCCAUAGAGAACAAGCAGGCCCGCCCGACGUACGCCACCGCCAUGCUGCAGAGUCUCCUGAAGUGAACCUGAACGCACCGCUCCCUGUGA